CCUCGAUAGCCUGGACGAUUGUCGUUGUCCUGUGUCCAGCGCUGACGACGGGCUUUAAGCAAUAUGGCGAAGUGUGUCACGGGAGGCUCGGUGUAGACAGUAGACGCAGUGUCGUUCGAAAGAUGACAGGUUCGCGGUAUGGGUUGAGAAUAAUGUGCAAAUCGUGCGAGAGUAGACGUAAUCACGUGCAGGCGUAAUCGCGCUAAACGGUUUUUCGCGAUCGUGUGAUAGCGAGUGCGCGCGUUUACCGGUGUGCAAAAGUCAUGGCUACGGAUAAAAUAAAGGUUGCCGUACGGGUCCGGCCAUUCAAUCGUAGAGAGCUGGAACUCUGUACACAAUGUGUCGUCGAGAUGACGGAGCAGCAAACCAUCUUGCAACAUCCUACCACAAUGGACAAGAUCGAUCGGAACAAGCCGAAGACUUUCGCUUUCGAUCACUGCUUUUAUUCCCUGGAUCCUGGAGCGGACAAUUUUGCGAGUCAAGAGAUUGUUUUCGAUGCCCUGGGUCGUGAUAUUUUGGACAAUGCAUUUCAGGGUUACAACGCCUGUAUAUUUGCCUACGGACAAACUGGUUCCGGGAAGUCUUAUACGAUGAUGGGCAGUGGUGACAACAAAGGCAUAAUACCACGGUUAUGUGACAAUCUCUUUGAUAUGAUAGCGAAGCAACAAAGUUCCGAGCUCUCGUACAAAGUCGAGGUCUCAUACAUGGAGAUCUACAAUGAAAAAGUACACGAUCUUUUAGAUCCGAAGCCAAACAAGCAAUCGCUCAAAGUCAGAGAGCACAAUGUCUUGGGGCCGUACGUGGACGGGCUAAGUCAACUAGCGGUUACUUCUUUCCAGGACAUCGACAAUCUCAUGGCGGAGGGCAACAAGUCGCGAACAGUCGCGGCGACAAAUAUGAAUUCCGAAAGCUCCCGUUCACAUGCUGUAUUUUCGGUAAUUCUCACGCAGACUCUAACGGACUCGAAAAGCGGAGUCAGCGGAGAAAAAGUCUCGCGAAUGAGCUUGGUGGAUUUAGCUGGGAGCGAAAGGGCUGUGAAAACUGGAGCAGUGGGUGAUAGACUUAAAGAAGGAAGCAAUAUUAACAAGUCUUUAACGACGUUGGGUCUAGUCAUUUCAAAGUUGGCGGAUCAAAAUUCCGGCAGCAACAAGAAGAAGGACAAUUUCGUACCCUAUAGAGAUUCUGUCCUUACGUGGCUUUUGAAGGAUAAUCUUGGUGGCAAUAGUAAAACUGUCAUGGUAGCCACAAUAUCACCGGCUGCCGAUAAUUACGAGGAAACGCUAUCAACUCUUCGAUAUGCUGAUAGAGCGAAGAGGAUAGUCAAUCAUGCUGUAGUUAAUGAAGAUCCAAAUGCUAGAAUUAUUCGCGAACUCAGACAAGAAGUUGAAACCUUAAAGGAAAUGUUGUUACAUGCCACAGGAUCGAUUGUUGGCCAACAACGCACAGACAUUACAGAAAAACUAUCAGAAUCGGAACGAUUGAUGAAGGAAAUGUCACAGACGUGGGAAGAAAAGCUUGUGAAAACCGAGAGGCUGCAACACGAGAGGCAACAAGCUCUGGAAAAGAUGGGAAUAAGCGUACAAGCGUCUGGUAUUCAAGUAGAAAAGAACAAAUACUAUCUGGUUAAUUUGAAUGAUGAUCCAAGUUUGAACGAGUUAUUGGUUUAUUAUCUCAAGGAAAGGACACUCGUAGGCGGACGUUCAGCCAAAAGGGAACAAGAUAUUCAAUUGCACGGUUUGGGUAUUUUACCGGAACAUUGCGUUAUCACGAUAGAAGAAUCAGGCCUGUAUAUGACACCGUUAAAUGGUGCUCGAUGUUUCGUCAACGGUACACAAGUUGUAAACAAGACUCUGCUACAACAUGGCGAUAGAAUCGUUUGGGGAAAUCAUCAUUUCUUCAGAGUUAACUGUCCAAGAAGUGCUACAGCAAUCAAUAGCGAACCGCAAACUCCUGCUCAAAACAUCGACUACAAUUUUGCCAGAGAAGAGCUUAUGCUUAACGAACUGUCUAACGAUCCGAUUCAAAGAGCUAUAGCGAGACUAGAAAAGCAACACGAAGAAGAUAAGCAGGUUGCGCUCGAGAAGCAGAGGCAGGAGUAUGAACGACAGUUUCAACAAUUGCGCAAUAUACUAUCUCCGUCUACGCCGUAUUCGCCUUAUGUACCGUACGAUCCUCUAAGAGGUAGCCAAAGUGGAAAACUCCCGGCUUGCACACCAACGACGCAAAUGCGCGUUGAAAAGUGGGCUCAGGAACGAGACGAAAUGUUCAAGCGCAGUUUGGGCCAAUUAAAGACAGAUAUCCUAAAAGCUAAUGCAUUGGUACAAGAAGCUAAUGUUCUAGCGGAAGAAAUGGGCAAACAGACGAAAUUUAGCGUCACCCUGCAGAUUCCUCCGAAUAAUCUAAGUCCGAAUAGGAAGAGUGUAUUCUUUCAGCGGGGCGCGUUUGUCAGUGAGCCCGCAAUUUUAGUGAAGAGGACGAAUAUGGGAAGUCAAGUUUGGUCCAUGGAAAAGCUAGAAAAUAAAUUAGUUGAUAUGCGAGACAUGUAUGAGGAAAGAAAAGAUCCUCACAAUUGUCAACGAUUACCUGCGGUUAAGGAUGAAGUACCAGGAAAAACACAAGACCCAUUUUAUGAAUCCCAAGAAAAUCACAAUCUUAUCGGAGUUGCAAAUAUUUUCUUAGAAGUAUUAUUCCAUGACGUACGAUUAGAUUAUCAUACUCCGAUUAUUAGUCAGCAAGGAGAAGUCGCUGGUCGAUUACAGGUCGAAAUAAGUCGCAUAUCCGGGCAAUUUCCUCAAGAUCGGAUUUGCGAGGCUGCUUCGGAGUCUUCCGCGGAUUCGACGUCCUCCGAAGCGGAGGAUUAUUCCGGAGGGUCUAGCCAUAUUACCUGUCGUGUGACGAUAAAGCAGGCCACUGGAUUACCACUCUCGUUAAGUCAUUUUGUAUUUUGUCAAUACAUGUUUUGGAAUCAUCCAGAACCGAUAGUGGUUCCGCCUAUGAUAAACGCGGAGCUGCCGAAUUCGAAUUGCAUCACUGGUCAGAGGGAUUCCUUGACAUUUAAGUUUGAUGAUACAAAAGAUUUUACUGUACCCAUUACGGAAGAAUUUAUGGAACAUGCCGCUGAAGGAGCGUUAAGUAUAGAAGUAUGGGGCCAUCGCAGUGCAGGUUUUUCACGUAGUAAACCUGGAUGGGAAGUGGAACAGCAACAAUUAGCGAAAGCUAGAUCACUCGCAGACCGAUGGUCUGAAUUAACGCGAAAAAUUGAAUUAUGGGUAGAGAUACAAGAACUGAAUGAACAGGGAGAAUACUCGCCCGUUGAAGUUGCAGUAAAACAAGACACAUGUACAGGUGGUAUUUAUCAACUUCGACAAGGCCAACAACGUCGAAUACAAGUUCGAGUGAAACCAGUACAAAAUUCCGGAACUUUACCGAUCAUCUGUCAAUCGAUAUUAAACAUAGCCGUUGGGAGUGUUUCAGUGCGAAACCGAUUGCAAAUUCCAUUAGAUAGUUAUCAAGACGAGGAUUUGAGUAUAUUGAGAGACAAGUGGAGCGAUGCUCUAAUGAGAAGACGACAAUAUCUUGAUCAACAAAUUCAGAAACUUAUCAAUAAGCAAGAUAAGACGGAACAAGAUAUGGAACGAGAACAAAGUCUUGUGGAUCAAUGGGUCAGUCUCACAGAGGAACGGAACGCUGUUCUGGUUCCCGCGGCGGGUUCAGGUAUUCCCGGUGCUCCUGCCGACUGGACUCCUCCUGCAGGGAUGGAGCCACAUAUUCCUGUAUUAUUUCUUGAUCUCAAUGCCGAUGAUCUCUCAACACAUCAGUCGGGAGAGGAAGUAUCAGUGACAGGAUUAAAUUCAAUCCUACCUAAAGAACAUGGUAACAAAUUCUAUAAUCUGCCUAUUAUUCGACAUUUAGAGAAAGAUGUAUGUGCCAUUGCCGCUUGGGAUUCUAGUAUACACGACAACGUACAUCUCAAUAGAGUAACUGAUACCGCGAAUGAAAGAUUAAUCUUGAAAACUACCGUUCGUCUGUCACAUCCAGCACCAAUGGAUCUUGUGUUGCGUAAAAGAUUAGCUUUAAACAUAUACAAAAGGCAAAGCAUUACAGAUAGAAUCUUCAAGAGAAUUGUUCGUAAUGAUUGCUUAACGCAAACUGGUGUCACUUACGAGGUAGUCUCAAACAUACCAAAGGCAAGCGAAGAGCUGGAAGAUCGUGAGAGUUUGGCACAGAUUGCUGCUAGCGGGGAAGAUAAUAGUUUAUGUGAUGGAGAAACCUACAUAGAAAAAUAUACUCGUGGUGUAUCCGCGGUUGAAAGUAUAUUAACAUUAGAUCGAUUACGACAAAGUGUUGCUAUAAAAGAAUUGUUGCAAGCACAGGGACAACCACUGAUGCGUAAGACUGCAAGUGUUCCGAACUUCUCUCAGAUUAUGAGAUUCGAUAUGUCAAUGGAUUCAUUAAAUGUUACUCGUUCGGAAAGUGUGACAGAUCUCAAUAUGGAAAAUGGUCUUCCGCAUCCGCGACGUGCAUCGACAGGUCAUACAAGAAAUGAUGAAAACUUUAUAUCUGUACCGCCAAAGCCAUUUGGAAUUGGCUCCAUUCUGAACUCAGCGAGACCAACUUUCCUGAAUCUGAACCUGAAUCUCAACUCAUUGACACGUCUUCAACAAUCUACCUCUGCCAAGUCAUCUCCGAACAUGGUUAGCAGUAAACUGGGUCCUCGUAUGACCACAUUACACGAAGAAACUUCAAAUAUGGGAAAUCAAGCGUGUACUCCUAUCAAUGAUGACGAUGAGGAGAAGAGCGACGCCGAUUAUUCUGAAUAUGAGGCAUAUCAGGCUCCACCGAAACCGGUAAAGCCACUAACUUCUUCACGCACGUUGGAUUCUCUGGUCGAACUACAAUCGACGAAGAUCAAUACGCCAAGUAUGAGUAGUAGCGGGUACGGUUCUCAGGCUGUUUCCACGACAAACCUGACGUCGGAAGAUUCCAUUUCUAUCAAGUCCAUCAGUGUGGAUGAGACUCCAGACCUCGAAUAUCGUAAUCUUCUCGAUAGUAAGAAACCUGAGAAAAUGGACAGUUCCCUCGUCGAGGAAACGCCCGAGGAGUACUUGAGCGAAGUAAACUCUACAUUGGAUAACUUGAACAUCUCACAAAGCGCUCGCACAGAAGAACAUACUAAAAAAAAUUUGGAAGAAAUAGGAACAUAUAUAGAUACCGAUAUCGAUAGUCCAGUUUCUUCUACAAGGAGUGAAAGCGAAACCAACAGCAACAUGUUUCACGUCGAAACUCAAAGAAAAAGUACACCUAAUCAAAUUCUCAGUGAUAGAAAAAACGAGAUGGAAAUCAGUCAGAUGUCCAAUUCGGGAGACGAUAGUCCCAUGGAGGGAACUUCAAUCGUACAUACCAAACUGCCACCUGGCAAGGUCGUGCGAAGAAGAAAGACUUCUAAUGGUUCAGGAAGGCCUACCAGUUCGCAGCAUAGAGCUUCAUUUCCUAUGGUCCGUCCACAACUUUCUGAGAGUAAGGCUGCAGUACAUUUGGAGCAAACGCUACAACCUACUAUGCCGUAUGAAAAUGGCGACAAUAGCUCUUCGGAGAGAAUUGACGCGGAUGACGUUAGCGAUAAAAGUUCAGCGUUUGGUUCAAGGCACGAUUUAACUAGAGUGGAAACUCCCCUACCAGACUGGAUCGUCGUUGGAGAAUCAGUUUUGGUUCGCCCUUAUAGUUAUUCCGGAGUUAUAGCAUACGUUGGUCCUACAGAGUUUGCAUCGGGAAUCUGGAUAGGAGUUGAACUCGAUGCCCCGACUGGCAAAAACGAUGGUGCUGUCAAUGGCCAUAGGUAUUUCACAUGUCGACCCAAAUGUGGUAUAUUCGUUAAAAUGGAUAAGUUAAUUCAAGAUAGACGAGGAAGAGCGCUUAGAAGUUACACCAAACAAGAAUCGACACCAGCACCAUCUACAUCAAUGCGCAGGAGUAUUAGCAAGGGCGAAGGAUUACAUUCCUUGCACCGAAGUCGCAGUCGAGGGGAAGGCCUCUCUACUACAGGUACACGUUCUUUUCCACGCGGCAAGUAAACGGAUCACACACUGCUUCACCAUUACUUCGUGUUAAUAAAAGCCACAACAUAAAUAUACUAAUUGCUACAUGCCUA